AUGCGAAUUCAUUCUGUUCUUGCGGGACUCUUCCUGCUGUUGGCUGUUGCCAUCGCCAGUGGAUCCAAGUUCUUCUAUGCCAACAAUGGCACUCAAUUUUACAUCAGUGGCAUUGCCUACCAGGAGGACUACAAUGCUGGAGGAGCCGGAGGUACCGGUCAAUCUAACAACACUCACUACACUGAUCCCCUGGCGGAUGUUUCUCAUUGCGAACGUGAUAUCCCGUACCUCCAGCAGUUGCGGACCAACGUCAUCCGCGUCUACGCUGUCGACCCGACCAAGAACCACGAUGAUUGUAUGCAGAAAUUAGCCGAUGCAGGAAUUUAUGUUAUCGCCGAUCUUUCGUCUCCUCAGCUGUCGAUUGUCUCCAACUCGCCCACUUGGACCGUUGAACAGUACGAUCGAUAUGUUGCUGUGGUUGAUGCAAUGCAUCAAUAUGACAAUAUUAUUGGUUUCUUUGCUGGGAAUGAGGUUGUGAACAAAGUCAACGAGACUAUUGGUUCAGCAUUUGUCAAAGCUGCAGUUCGCGACAUGAAAGCCUACGUCAAACAGAAGGGAUACAGAAAGUCCUUGAGCUUUGGCUAUGCAACUACCGACCAACCGGAUUUCCGCAAUGCGCUGUCAAACUAUCUCAACUGUGGAGACCAGUCUACCUCAAUCGACUUCUUCGGAUACAACAUGUACGAAUGGUGUGGAGACAACACGUUCCAGGGCUCCGGUUACAAAAACCUCACAGAGCAGUACAAGGAUUACCCCGUCCCAAUAUUCUUCUCCGAGUAUGGAUGCAAUACUAUCAGGCCUCGCAAGUUUGGCGACAUCUCUGCAAUCUUCGGUCCCGAUAUGGCAAAUGUCUGGAGUGGUGGCAUCGUUUACAUGUACUUUGAAAGUACCAACAACUACGGGCUCGUCUCUGUUGACGGAAAAUCUGUCAGCACUCAACCAGACUUCAGCUAUUACUUGAAGGCAAUUCAGACUGCAACCCCCAGCGGUGUCAACAGCGGUAGUUACACCCCCACCAACUCCCCACACGCCUGUCCCACCGUCAAUGACAUGUGGUUGGCAAAGGCCAGUCCCCUACCACCUUCGCCGAACAAAGACCUGUGUUCAUGCAUGGUGGACAGUCUUCUCGUGUGUGUGUGCGGAAGCGACAAGACCGCCUGCGAUGGAAUUUCCAAGAACGCAACCACGGGAAAGUACGGGGCGUACAGCAUCUGUGCUAGCAAGGAUCAACUCUCAUACGUCUUUGACCGCUACUACGAAGGUCAGAAGAAGGCUCAGUCCGCGUGCGAUUUCAAGGGGGCAGCAUCAGUUCAGUCUGCCAAGGAUCCUUCCGGAAGUUGCAAGACACUUCUCAGCCAGGAUGGCACAGCUGGACCGGGACAGACCACAGAUGGAAAAUCGUCCCCAUCCAAAGGGGCAGCUUCUAGUCUGACGGACCAUGCCGACACAAUCUUCUAUGUACGGAUUGGAUUCGCCUGGGUCGUUACCACCAUGAUUGUUUGCCGCAUACCGCCUUUUCGUUUCUAA